AUGGGGACCGUGCCCGAGGCAGGAGGGACACUCCACCUGGGGGUCAGCGAGAAGGCAGAGGCAGCCCGGCCCGGCGGAGGCCUGCGGCUGGGGGAGCUGCAGCUGGCCGAGGAGUGGCAGGACGAAGAAUUCCCCAGGCUGCUCCCCGAAGAGGCUGGUCCGACCGAGGACCCCGAAAGCUACUCACAGGAAGGCACCCCCAGCACGCUGGCCCUGGGCGGCCUGCGCCCCACGCGCCCCAUGCGGAAGCGCCUUUCUGCCCCCGAGCUGCUGCGGAAGCUGGGGGCCCCCGGGGCGCGCGGAGCCUCCCCCUCGGAGCCCCCCUCCCCUGACGGCAGCUCCGACCUGGAGGUGGACGAGCUGCAGACACCUUCCGACUCUGAGCAGCUGGACAGUGGACACGAAUUUGAGUGGGAAGACGACCUCCCCCGGGCACAGCGCCCCGGGGCCAGCGAGGCGGCCGAGAGUCUGGGCCGGGGCUGCAUGUGGGACGUGGCCGGAGAGGACGGACGUCGCUGGAGGGUGUUCCGAACGGGACAGCGGGAGCAGCGGGUGGACAUGACCGUCAUCGAGCCCUACAAGAAAGUCCUGACUCACGGAGGCUACCGCGGUGACGGCCUCGACGCCGUCAUCCUCUUUGCCUCCUGCUACCUGCCCAGCAGCAGCGUCCCCAACUACAGCUACGUCAUGGAGCACUUGUUCAGGUAUAUGGUGGGGACCCUGGAGCUGCUAGUGGCCGAAAACUACCUGCUCGUCCACCUGAGCGGAGGCACCAGCCGGGCACAGGUGCCGCCUCUCAGCUGGCUCCGCCAGUGCUACCGGACGCUCGAUCGGCGGGUCCGCAAGAACCUCCGCGCUCUGGUGGUCGUCCACGCCAGCUGGUACGUGAAGGCCUUCCUGGCGCUGCUGUGGCCCUUCAUGAGCUCCAAGUUCACGCGGAAGAUCCGUUUCCUGAGCAGCCUGGGGGAGCUGGCCCAGCUCAUCUCCCUGGACCAGGUCCACAUCCCCGAAGCGGUCAGACAGCUGGACCGCGCCCUCCCCAGCUCAGGAGGGACCUAGCAGGGCCUGGCACCCAGCACCCAGCACCCCGCAGGCGCAGCCCCGCAGCCCGGGGGGCGGGCGGGCGUCCGGCUGCCGGUAAUGUCCUCUUCCCCAGAGCGCCCUGGUGGCCGCCGCUGCCAGCCAGGCCCGGGGUCCGGUGGCCCCUCCCGGCCAGGGUGCCUGCC